CUUUGAACCCGCCGUGGUGGUGAAGACAACAUCUCCCAAGUUCCCACGCUACCUCAGAAGUCAUCAAACUAUGUAUUUUGUUAUUAAUAUUCUCAAAUUAUUCUUUACCGUAUUUACAUUUUUAAAUGCGCAGCGCGCAUGCGGAAAGGACAAAGACGCGGUCCAAUCGGAAGCGUGCAUCCUGUCAAACUCCGCUGCAGACGCAUCCGUACAGUUCUGCAGGAAGAUAUCAUAAUUAGCAUCGACCACACACAGUGAUGACCCGAGUAUGAACAUGUUUCCAGAGGACUUUGCAUGGGGAGCGUCCACGGCCGCCUAUCAAAUAGAAGGGGGUUGGGACGCGGACGGCAAGGGGGAGAGCAUCUGGGACGCGUUCUGCCACCGGGAUGACAGUUCGGUGUUUGAGCGUCACACUGGAGACGUCUCCUGCAACAGCUACCAUCUCUGGGAGGAAGACCUGCGGUGCAUCGAGGAGCUAGGCCUCACCCACUACCGCCUGUCGCUCUCCUGGUCCCGCCUCCUCCCCGACGGGACCACGGGACACGUCAAUCAACAAGGCGUGCGGUACUACAACCAGCUUCUGGACGGCCUCCUCGCCCGCGGCGUGACCCCCAUGGUGACCCUCUACCACUUCGACCUGCCCCAGGCCCUGCAGGACCGGGGGGGCUGGCAGUCGCCCGACACGCCCGCCCUCUUCGACGCCUACGCCCGCUUCUGCUUCGGCGCGUUCGGCGACCGCGUGAGGCUGUGGAUCACCCUCAACGAGCCGUACGUCUGCGCCAAGCUGGGCCACGAGGACGGCCUCCACGCGCCCGGCGUCCGGGGGGCGGCGGCGGGGGGCGCGGCGGCGUACCGGGCGGGCCACCACAUGCUGCGGGCGCACGCCCUGGCGUGGCACAGCUACGACGCCGGCUACCGCCGCGCGCAGGGCGGGCUGGUGUCCAUGGCGAUCAACAGCGACUGGGCCGAGCCGGAGGACGCCGACAGCGCGGAGGACGCCGCCGCCGCCGCGCGCUACCUGGCCUUCAGCCUGGGCUGGUUCGCCUGGCCCCUGUUCGUCAGCGGGGACUACCCCGAGGUCAUGAGGGCGGCGGUCGGCGUGCGGCUGCCCCGCUUCUCCGGGGACCAGCCCGCGGCCCUGGGCACGGCCGACUUCUUUGCGUUGAACUACUACACCGCCCGCAAGGUCCGGAGCGUCGACGGGGGCGGCGGCGGCGUCGACGGGGGGGCCCCCAGCAUGAAGACGGACCUGGGGGCCGAGGGCGUGGUGGACCCGGCCUGGCCCCUCUGCGGGCUGCCCUGGCUGGCCGUGGCCCCCCAGGGCCUGAGGCAGCUGCUCAAGUACAUCAAGGCAACCUUUAACCACCCCGCCGUCUACAUCACCGAGAACGGCUUCGCCCAGACGGGGGCCGUGCUGAUGGAGGACGGCGAGCGCGCCGCCUUCUACCGGGAGACGGUCGGGGAGGUGGCCAAAGCGAUUGAAGAGGACGGGGUCGACGUCCGCGGUUACUUCGCCUGGUCCCUCCUGGACAACUUUGAGUGGGCGGACGGCUACAGCGCCCGGUUCGGCCUGUUCCACGUGGACUUCUCCGACGACGAGCGCGCCCGGACUAUGUACCGGUCGGGGCGGGAGUACGCAGCGAUCAUCUCGAAGCACAGGUCCCGAUCACGGGCCCAUCGGGAACUCACCAGCAGCUAGCAGAGCAGUGAACCACACACACGCACACGAACACACACACACACACACACACACACACACACACACACACACACACACACACACACACACACACACACACACACACACACACACACA